AUGAGCCUAUGUGGCAGGAAGGCGCUGACUUUGCUGAGCAGCGUGUUCGCUGUUUGCGCCCUGGGCCUGUUGGGGAUUGCCGUAAGCACCGACUACUGGCUUUACCUGGAAGAGGGCGUCAUCCUACCCCUCAACCAGAGCACAGAGAUACGCAUGUCGCUCCACUCUGGCCUCUGGAGGGUUUGUUUCUUGGCUGUUUUGCCUUCAGACAUGGUCAAACAACAUCCAGGGAGGAGAGGGGAGGAGAAAGGUCGGUGUUUUACUAUAGAGUAUGUGAUGCCUACUAACGUCCAGAUGACCUCUGAGUCCACUGUUAGUGUCCUGAAGAUGAUCCGUUCUGCCACACCCUUCCCCCUGGUCAGCCUCUUCUUCAUGUUCAUUGGUUUUGUGCUCAGUAACAUCGGCCACAUUAGACCCCAUCGCACCAUCCUGGCCUUUGUUUCUGGAAUCUUCUUCAUCCUGUCAGGUCUGUCCCUGGUUGUUGGUCUGGUGUUGUACAUCUCCAACAUAAAUGAUGAAAUGUUGAACAGGACCAAAUCUAAUGAGGCCUACUUCAGUUAUAAAUAUGGCUGGUCGUUUGCUUUUGCUGCCAUUUCCUUCCUGCUCACUGAGACAGCGGGCGUCAUGUCAGUGUAUCUGUUCAUGAAGCGCUACACAGCAGAGGAAAUGUACCGGCCCCACCAGGGCUUCUACCGACCUCGCCUCAGCAAUUGCUCCGAUUACUCCGGCCAGUUCCUCCAUCCAGAUGCCUGGGCUGGACGUGGCCGCAGCCCUUCCUCCAUCUCCUCUGAGGCUUCCCUCCAGAUGAACUCCUCCAACUACCCUGCCCUCCUCAAGUGUCCAGAGUAUGAACAGAUGUCCUCGUCACCUUGCUGA